AUGGCGUAUUUAUCUAUUCCAUCGACGGAAGUAGAAAUGGAAACAAUUGCUGGGCCAAAUUGGCUUGAGCUUCCAAGAGAUGUGACGGCAAACAUCCUUCAGAGGCUAGAGACGAUUGAAUUAUUGACUAGUGCAUGUCAAGUGUGCCCCUUAUGGUGGAAUAUCUGCAAGGAUCCUCACAUGUGGCGAACCAUUAGCAUUACCUAUUAUCGUUAUAAACGCCAUCCUGACAAUAAUGCGGAGAUGCUUUGUCGCAAUGCAAUUAAGCGAAGUUGCGGUCAGCUUGAAUCCAUUGACAUCGAACUUUUUGCAACGAAUGAUCUUAUUGCAUAUAUAGCUGACAGGAAACUGCCAUAUCUAGAGAGUCUCGACAUUUCAUUUGUCAUUAAACUGACAAAGGAUUCCUUUGAAGCUGUUGGUCGAUAUUGCCCUCUUUUGAAAUCUUUGAUAUGCAACACGACCCAUUAUGAUAAUGGUGUGUUAUGUGCUAUUGGUAAAACAAUGCCCGGACUGCACCAUCUUAAAAUGUUUGGAAAGAUGCCCACUGAUGUUGAAUUGCUUCCCAUUAUAGAUGGAUGUCCUCUACUUGAAUCUCUCGACUUGUCAGAGUGUUUUUAUGAGUCUUUUGAAUAUAGGGAAAGCUUGGAGAAAAUGUGUCGUGAAAAUAUUAAAGAUUUUCGACCUCCAUCACAAGUCUCUUGUUAUAACUAUGAUUCUGAUUGUGACAGUGAGACUGAGAGUGAAUUUUCUAGUUUGUUUAGUUACCAAGAAUUUGAAAGUGCAAUUUCUAGGAUUCGUAGUGAAAAUUGGGAUGGUGAACUCACUGAACCGUAA